AUACAAGUGAUAUACCUAUAUUGUUAGAAAUACAAAUCUGCAGUAGCAAACAAGAUUAAAAGCAACUUUAGCUGUAUAAGUAUAUAUUACCAAAUAAAAUAAAGAAAGUACACCAACAAGAUGUUGAUGAUGAAAAAUGCAAAUGUUACUGAUGCAAUCAUAGAUGUGAAGAAACUGAUUGCUCAGCUGUCAAGUGCAACUGUCGUUGUACAAAAGCUGCCAUCCAUAAAAGGACACCUACGUUUAGUCUCAUCAGGACAUGCCGACAAGGAAAAUGAGAGUAAUAAUCAAUGCAAUGAUAAUGAUGAUAAUUAUGAUGAUGAUGAAUUCUUUUUCAAAGAACCAGGAAAAAAAAGAGCUUCAAAAAUCAGCAAACCUUUUUGUUCUUCAUGUAAUGCUACAGUUGAGAAUCACAGAAUUAGAGACAAGUAUUGUAGGCAAUGUGGAACUUUAUUGCUUUUCAAGUGCAUGACAUGUAGAACACAGUAUACAAGCUACCGUGGAAUGCAGAUUCAUUUAAAGACAAAAUGUGACGAGACCACGUUGUACAUUCAAUGCUCUAGCUGUGAUUAUGCAACUAAUUCUAGAAUUGCAUUAACUAAACAUAAAAAAUAUGUGCAUCAAAAUAUACAGAGAGUAUAUCUGGAAGAAUUUUAUCAAGGUCAAAAUAGUAAUAGGUGUGAAAUUUGUGGAAAAAUGUUCAAAUACCGCUGUAACUUAACGAAUCAUUUAAAAGCCUGUAAAACUAGAGAAUCUGGAUAUUUACCUAAUAAUACUUUGAAAUCAAGUGAAAAUAAACUGAUACCUAAUAAAUUAAAAACUAAAGUGAAUGCUAAUUCAGUUGGAUAUUCUGUCAAAUAUAAAGUACAAUCAAAGACAUCAAGUGUGAUUAAAUAUCUCUGUCUUACAUGCAACAAAACAAAAAAAGGCGUACCAGCGCAUUACUCACCAAGGUGUAAUUGGUGUGAAUCGCUGUUGAUUUUAAGUUGCAAAAAAUGCAGCAAACAAUACCAAAGUUGGGAAUCUAUGAAAUAUCACCUAGAAAGUAAAUGCAGUCCUGGAGCUGUAUACCAGUGCUGUAAUUGCAGCUACAAAAGCACAGUUAAAUAUUUAAUGAAAAGACACAUCAAGAAUAGGCACAUAUCUAAAAAACCAAAACCUUUACUAGAAUGUUCCAAAUGUGGUAAAAAAAGUAAAAAUUCUGAUAGUCUUUCCAGGCAUUUCAAAUUUUGUGGGGUGAAACCAAAUUUAUUCUGUAAACUUUGUUCUUACAAAACCAAGUACACUCAAAAUUUGAAAAAACACUUGAUGAAUCAUUCUGAAGUUGACAAGAAUAAUUACAGUGAUUUCAUUUCAAAUAACUUACGUACUGCAGAAAAUACUCAAAAACCAAGGGAAGAAGUUUCUGACACAGAGAACAAAAAGCCAGAUUCUGUUAAUGGUAAACACACCCCACCCACGUUUCUUUCUUCCAACUUAAUUCCAAUAGAUAUGUUGGAAGCUUGCUGUCCACUAUGCAAUCAGGAAAUUAAAAUAAGCGAGAAUAUAGAUAAGAAAUGUUCAAAUUGCGAAGCGACCAUUUACUUCAAGUGCAAGAAAUGCAAUAAACCGAUUAGUAACUACUAUAACGCUAAAAGUCACCUACGGUCUUGUUUAAGAAUUAAUUUAAUUCCAUGCAAGUACUGUAAGAAAAAAAUAGACGAUUGUGGUCAGUUCAAGAGACACUUUAAGUACUGUGAAUCAAAAGCCCUCUAUGGGUGCCGAUACUGCGGCUUCCGCGGCAAGAGUAAGUCAGAUAUUAACGCUCAUAAAAAGCGUUGUAAACGUAUCAAAUCUACCGGAAAAACGGAAACAGUCAAGCCGAUUGUUCCUGUUCAGGAAGCUGAGAGUAAUGUCAAAGAUGAAAUAAUUGCGUCAAAGGAGGAAACUAUCAAGACUAUUCAAGAAGCUCAAGACAAUGGCAAUGGCGUUCUCUUCAGUGUGAAUGGUAUCGAUAUAAUUGAAAAAAGAAUCACAGAAAACAUUCCGAAGAUUACCGAAAUGGCUACCAGAUACUGUCCAAAGUGUAAAAGAACGUACGAAGGCAGCAACUGCGUGAAAAGUUUUUGUGGUCAUUGUAACAAAAUCGAGUUGCAUCAUAAAUGCCAGAAAUGUGAGAAGGCGUACAAGCACACGGUGAGCUUGUUUUAUCAUUUGCAGAGCCAGUGUUUCCCGACGACCGAAUUUACUUGCACUCUCUGCAACUACUCGAACUAUGUUAAGUCAGAAAUAAUGAAACAUGCCAAGCACAAUAAACAUGCAUCACUAGGACUAUUUUGAGAAGAAGUAGUACUAAUUAAAUAAUUUUAUGUAAAUAGAGUGUAUGCCUUACAUGAUGUCUAAGUUUAAUUGAAUUUGCAUUUUAGAAAGAUGAGACAUGUUCCGUAAGUACAAAUGUAAAAUUAAAGAUUAUGUUGAUAUUUUUAUAUUGAAAAUAUCUAUUAAAAUGGUUUUUAUAAAUAAACGAUACAGUAUACACAUAAAGCAAAAAUAUUUUUUGACAAUAAAUAUAUAAUUUUGAAUAAUAUCCAUCAAACAAAUCAUUUUUUAUAAAUUUUAAUCAUAGUUUAAAAUGUAAUCCCGUCAUUAUAUCGAAAUAAUUGAAAUACCGACAAAGCAUAUUUUCCUGACAGUUUUCCGACUCUAUGCUCACAGACGAUAUAAAUAAAUUUAAAUUACUUGUUGAAUAAAACGAAGCGAUUUAUACUGAUUUAAGAAAUGGAUAAAUAUUUAAUUUCACGUAAGCUAUGAAAAAAACCAUACGUGUUAUAUUGUUUUUAAAAUACAAUUAUGAAACGGUUAGUUUAUAAUAUAUACAAAACAAUUCCAUGGAUUACGAUAACAAGGGUUUUACAGAAUUUUAAACGAUAUGUACCAGGUAGUUAAACUUCCUGGAAAGCAAAAGGUUUUCAUAUUCUUAUCCAAACCUCGUCUUACCGAAUCAGAGUAUGAUACGUUAUUCUGACAGUUUGCAAACGCCGAACUCAGGGACUACAUAUAAGCAAAUUUUGCUAGUAUCGAGACAAUUUAAUGUUAAUGAAGUAAUUUGCACUAAUUCCGAAAAUAAAUAAAUAUCGUUUCACAACAAAUAAAGGAAAUGGAAAAUUUUUCGAUAAAAACAGGAAAGUGUUAUCAAAAUAAUCGCAAUUAAACAAUAUAUUUCAGUGUUAAAAAUAUAAUCUUUUUCUACAGAAAUUUUUGACGAAUUUGAUGAUGCUAAUAGUGAAAAUAAGGCAGAUGGUAUGAUUCCGCAGUACAUUGUAUUUUCAAUACCUAUAUUCUGUAAUUUUUAACGUCUUUGAAUCCUGCAGAAAUACUAUUGAAACCGACAACUGAAAUCAAAACAGAAGUUUUAAGUGAUAAAGAAACUACAGUAAAGAAAAAUAUUGAUUUACUUUUUGUCCAUACGAUCUGAAGAUAGAGAAAGGUCAACGUAAUUGUAUCGUUCUAUUUAAGCAUAUUUAUUUAAUCAUAUUUAUUUAAACAAUAAAUGUAAAAAGAAAAAGAAACAGUUUAAAUCCUGCAGAAGUUUUGCCCAGCCCAUCUAUUCCACAAGAAUAUCAUUACAAAGCUGAACUGGACAUAGGUUGUGACGAGGAAGAUGAUGCAUUAGGCACUUCAGAGAACAAAGAAGGUCAAAGCAAUGUGCAUCAAAAGAUUAAUUAUACUGUUGAGCAUCAAGACGAUAUUGAUAUCAAUGCAGUUGAAGCAAA